AUGGCGGCAAGCAACCCAUCAUACCUUAUUAUUGGAGCUGGUGUGUUUGGUGUGUCAACUGCCUACCAUCUGAUCCAAAAACACCCAAAUGCAUCGAUAAGUAUGGUUGACCGAGACUCAUAUGAUGCUGAGUCGCGUGUGGCUGCAUCAUGGGAUUGGAACAAGGUUAUUCGCGCCGAUUAUGACGACAAGGUUUAUUGCAGACUUGCUCUUGAGGCACAAGAGAUUUUUAAAUCCGAUCCGCUUUGGCAGCCACACUUUCACCAGACUGGUGUUUAUUGGACGUGUCGCAGCGACUACGCCCAAAAUGUCAUCACAAACCACAAAGAACUUGGCCGAAAUGAUGAUAUCACCGCUCUACCAGUCUCUGAAGCCAGAAAGCUCUACGGGGGUGUCUUUGAGAACGCUGACUACACCGGCGUUAAGGAAGUUCUCAUCAACAGCGCGAGUGGCUGGGCUGCCGCAGGAGAUGCUCUUCGAGCAGUGACAAAAAGAUGUUUAGAGUUGGGCGUUACAUACGUCACUGCGUCUGUCACUAACCUGGAGUUCGAUGGUCGUGGCUCUUGCACCGGUGUCAGAACGCAUCUUGGAGAGAUAUUGUCAGCCACCCAUAUUGUGGUCGCUGCUGGGGCCUUUACUCCGACUUUGUUAGAAUGGAGCGCUGCAAAGAGCGGCAACGCAGGGCUCCGAGCUGGAGACCGAAUCCUUUCUGCUGGUAUCACAACCGGAAUGGCAAAACUCAACGAGGAGCAAUACAAAAAGUUCAAGGAUAUGCCUGUCGGCUUCCAAGGUUACACUCCAGAUGAAGGAAAACCAUUCAUCGGUAGCAUCCCCCCUACAAAAGACAGAGAGCUCAAGUGGUGGGGAUCCAAAAUCUUCACAAACACUCGAGAGAUACUGCCUGGCCGUUAUAUCUCUUCUCCUCCGCCAACGCAUGACUAUAACCAGUGGAAGGUUCCGGGGCCUCUGAAGCAGGAUAUAGUAGAAUCCAGGAACUUGUGGUAUGGGCCUGAAAGUGCAACGUGGGAGAUGACCAAACACCGAAUUUGCUGGGACGCUUUCACUACUACAUCUGACUUCAUCAUUUCACCUCACUCUGCCUCUAAAGGGCUAUACGUCGCGACUUGCGGCUCAUUCCAUGGCUUUAAGUUCUUCCCCGUACUGGGCAAGUAUAUCGCACAGAUGCUUGAAGGAGAAUUGGCCCCUGAAUUGAUGGAAAAGUGGGCGUGGGAUCGACAGCGACCUGACUCGUCCCAAAAUGUGGAGUACCCAAAUUCUGAGAUGAAGCAUUUAUUAGAACCCGCAGCAAAGUUGUAG